AGACACAGCAGGGAUGUCCAUCUCUCUCUGGUGUGAGGAGGAAUCGAACACAUCCGGGAUGUCAGUCCGAGCGUCCUUCGACCCCAAUGCGUCAGGGCUCAGGGUCAUCGAGAGGCUGCUGCACUCGGAGGAGAGAUACGUCCCGUCUUCGCUCUACGUCUCCCUCGUCCAGAGAGAACCCAAACGCAGGGAGGAGCUCGCCAAGUGGACACUCGAGGUCUGCUGUGAUUGCGGCUGUGACGAGGCCGUGUUUCCUCUCGCCGUCUCUCUGCUCGAUCGUUACUUGGCGUCCACACUGUCCCUGCCGGUGUCCCCGACGUGUCUCGCUGCCGCCUGCAUCCUCGUGGCGUCCAAACUAACGGAGAGCGAGACGGUCGCGGCGGACGCCCUGUGUGCUUCAGCCGAGUACGAGUUCCUCUCGUCCAACCUGCGUGAAAUGGAGCGGGUCGUGUUGGGAACCCUGCGCUGGGACGUGGCCGGUGUCACCCCUCAGGACUUCAUCCCUCACUUCCUGUGCUGUUUGGAGGAGCUGAUGGGGGACAGCGAGGACGCCGCCGACUUCAUCUCCACGCUCAGACGCCACGGGGACACGCUGGCCGCCAUGUGUGUGUGUGACUCUCGCUUCCUGGGGACCCGGCCGUCCCUGGUGGCCGCCGCCGCCCUCAACUCCGCUCUCCGGGGCCUGGAGGCCAAGCGGAGGCUGGAGAUGAGUCACAUGACCUGGACGCUGGCUACGCUGUGUCGCAGUGACCCGGCCGUGCUGCAGUGCUACAGCGAGCUGAUCGACGACGCGCUCAGGGAACGACUGAGGAACAGCCGAGAGCAGGACGAGGCGGACGAGAAGAACGGAGGGAUGGAGGACGAGAGAUCGAGCACGCCGACUGACCUGAGAGAGAUAGACUUUUAAAACUAAACAGAAUCACAAAGCGCACGUCUGCAGUCUUCCUCAUCUUCUUCCUCAU